AUGUCCAACCCCUCUCUCUCCCCCUACAAAGCGGAAUUCCUCAAAGCCGCAAUCGAUGGCGGGGUCCUAAAGUUUGGCAGCUUCGAAUUAAAAUCCAAACGAAUCUCCCCCUACUUUUUCAACGCCGGCGAUUUCUACCGCGCUGAUCUUCUCCGCGCAAUCUCCACCGCAUAUGCAAAGACUAUUAUCGAAGCACAGGAGGCAAAGGUUCUUGAUUUCGAUAUUGUGUUUGGACCUGCAUACAAGGGCAUUCCUCUGGCGACAGCCACGGUGGACAAGUUGGCUGAUUUGGACCCAAAAUACAAUACCAUGUGCUAUUCGUUUGAUAGAAAGGAAGCAAAGGAUCAUGGGGAGGGAGGAAAUAUUGUGGGCGCUCCGUUGAAGGGAAAGAGGGUCUUAAUUGUGGAUGAUGUUGUGACUGCUGGGACCGCGAAGAGGGAGGCUAUUGAUAAGAUUCGCAAGGAAGGUGGCAUUGUGGCUGGUAUUUUGGUCGCAUUGGACCGGAUGGAGAAAUUACCAUCGCCAAGCGGAGACGAUAGUGCCCCAAUGCCAAGUGCGAUUGGGGAGAUCAGAAAAGAAUAUGGGAUUCCGGUUCUGUCUAUUUUGACAUUGGACGAUAUCAUUGGAGGUCUCAAAGGCAUUGCUUCGGAGGAAGAUAUCAAGAAUAUGGAAGAGUAUAGGGCUAAGUACAAGGCCAGCGAUUGA